AUGUCAAGUAUAACUGAAAAAAUUUUCCUUAAUGAUGGGCCACUUUUAAUUAAAGUUACUGAUACUGCGGUUGAUGAACAAUUAACAGGAAAUGCUUCCUUACGCAUGAUCUUACAAUGGUACGAAAGACAUAUUUAUAGGCAUUUAUUUUUACCGCUUUUUCAAACGGAAACAGAUUCAACAGUCAAAUGUUCUCAUUCUGAUGCAUUAUUAGCGGCUAUUGAACUUUUGUAUAAUUUGGAUCCAGCAAAUGCUGAUGUGUAUCUAUCAUCAACAGCAAAUAUAUUCCCUUUAAAAAAUUAUGUUCUAACUCAGCAAACACUAUCGCUUACUUACGAAUCAUGGUCUUAUACACUUCGCGAUCUGUCAACGUAUUCUCCAUAUGCUAUUGAUGGUUCUCAUUUACGUCUUUUAUUUAUAAUUUAUCAACUUCUCAAAACAAUAUUAUUCGUUCAUCAACGUGGUCUUAGUACUGGUCCACUUCAAUUAACAGAUAUUCAUAUAAAUGAACGAUAUUGGAUUCAAUUGAAAGCUCGUUUUCAUUCUUGUUUAGCAACUAUUGAAUUAAGUUCAGAUGGUGGUACAACACUAAAUCCGAAUAAUAAUAAUAAUAAUAAUAAUACUGACGAUGAUCAUCAUCAUCAUCAUCAUAAUUCACAAUCAAAACCCAGAUCGCGUGCAAAUAGUAUGUCACUUUCAUCUACAUCAAAACAAAAAAAUCGUGUAGCAGAUCACCAUGAUGAAUCAUUAGUUGUAACAACAAAAAUUUCACCAACAACAUCACCACCAAUAGCACAUUCAUCUGUUUAUCAUGUUGAACAUCGUUAUGAAACAUAUUGUCGAACACAUAUUGAUAUAGUUGAAUUAAUUAAACAAUGGCAACUCGGAAAUAUAUCCAAUUUUGAUUAUUUAUUAAUAUUAAAUGCUUUAGCUGGCCGAAAAUUUCAUGAUCCAAAUAACCAUUUAAUAUUUCCAUGGAUAAAUGAUUUUACAAGUUCAACAUGUAAUCUUCGAGAUUUAUCCCAAUCAAAAUAUCGAUUGAAUAAAGGAGAUCCACAACUUGAUUUAACCUAUAACUACUAUUCAUCAUCAGUAUCAUCAGCAACAACAAAUAUUGUACCGCAUCAUUUAAGUGAACAUCUUUCAUCAAUAACUUAUCAUGUUUAUAAAGCACGUCGAACAGAAAAACGAGUUUUAUGUGAAAAUGUUCGUUCAAUUUGGGUGCCAAAUGAAUAUCCGUCAUCAAUAGGACGUUUAUAUUUUUGGACACCAGAAGAAUGUAUACCAGAAUUUUUCUAUGAUGCAUCUUUAUUUCAAUCAAUUCAUGAAGAUUUACCAGAUUUACUUGUACCAGAUUGGUGUUCAAGUCCAGAAGAAUUUGUUGAAAAACAUCGGCAACUUUUGGAAAGUCGUGAAGUAUCAGAAAAUCUUCACUUAUGGAUUGAUUUAAUAUUUGGUCAUAAAUUAACUGGUGAAAGUGCAGUUGAAGCAAAAAAUGUUUGUCUACCAUUAGUUGAUCAUCACGACGAUUUACGUAAUGGAGGCAUUGUACAAUUAUUUCUUAAACCUCAUCCUGCACGUUUUCUUGCAUCUACACGUCAAAUGACUGAUAGUUUAGCCUCGAUACCAAGUACGCGUCGUCCAACAUUGCUCGAUGAAGAACAAAGAAAAAUAAGAGCACCAUCAAGUGUAAGCAAUAGCCGAUCGAAUGAUUCGACGUCACUUGCUUGUGAAUUAAAUGAUACAUUUUCGCAUUUGGAAGCUAUUGAACAGUUACUUUUAUUAACUUCUAUAUCAUUCGGUAGACUUCCAUCAUCAAGUUUGAAUAAUCGAGUAUUGAAAUAUUCAUCAACGUUUCUUCAUGCGUGUCAACGUGAUUUACAAUAUUUCGGUGUAUGUUUAUUAGAAUUAAUUUUACUCGGUAAACAACAUUACAUAUCAGCGAAUUCGAAUGGUCCACAACGUUUAGCAACAGCUAAACAAUUGCUAAAUAAUAAUUGGCAUCUUAUUCCUACGCCAUUUCGUACAUGUCUAAGCUUACUAUUAUUGGAUUUAUCGAAUGAAAAUGAAAGUAAUACUCAACAACAAAUUUCAAAUCGUGCAAUUAAUGUGGCAUUCUUUUUAAAUCGAUGGACAACACCUUUUCCUUUUCCAUUUUACUUCGAAGAACUUUAUAGAAUUGUUCAUCAAUUCGAACAAUUUGAUCAACAACUCCUAUUGAAUUUAACAUCCUAUCAACAGAAACAAAUACAUGAUAAUAAACUAUAUCUCUUAUUAACACAAGUUCCAUCAUUACUUUUAUCCUUACAUACACAACAAGGUCAUGAAUUACUAAUGCCUUAUAUUUUUCAUGCUUUUCGUCAACCAAUAUAUGGUGUCCGUUGUAUCUACUCACUAUUUAAUCCUAUAUCAGUUGUUCUUGGUCCAGAUGAAUCACGACGACAAUUAUUAUCACUGAUACAAUCCGCUUUAAAUCCAGACCGAACAACAGUUUAUCAUUGGCGUUGUUUUACACGUCGUUUUAUAACACAAUUAAUAGCACGUUUUAAUUUAACAAAAUUUUUACAAAGUUUUCCAAUACUACUUAUUGAAGCAUGUUCAGGUUUUAAAGAUGAAAUUAAUCUUAAAAUUGAAAUCGAUGAUGAUAAUACUAAUACAAGCGAUUCAAACAUUGAAAAUGAUGAUCCUACGAAUGAACGAUCGGAUACAAUCAUACCACAAGAUUAUGAUACAAAUGCUUUAGAAGCAAAUGAUGAACCACAUACUUCAAAGUUACUAUCGGAUGCAGCUGUUGAAAGUAUUACUUAUUUACAAUUGAAACUAGGUCCAGUACUUGGUUGUAAAUAUUUUGGUCGACAUUUACUUCGAAUGCUUGCAUUGUGUUAUGUUGAUGAUGAUCAAUUACAAUUGCUAUCAUCGGAUAAAAAUCCAUUUAAAAGUAUUCGUCCUGUACGUGGUGAUUUAAAUGCAAAGAAAGUUGUUGAUUGUCUUUUAUCCCUGAUUCAAAAGUAUGGUGAACAAAUUAUUCUUCUUUUUUAUUUUCCACAUCUUAUUGAAACGAUUCGAGUAGCCAAUAAUCGUUUAACGAUUCGUACUGAAUCAGCAUUGCUGAGUUCUAUUGUUCUUUUGAAAUCAAUUCUUCCCUAUAUGAGUGAUAGUACAUUGAUGACUAAUUUAGCAGAACCAUUGAAAAAUCGAAUAGUUCAUUCAAGUCUUACAUUACUUUCAUCAAAUUCUGUACAUUUUCCAUCGUUUGAACGAGCUCGCUCAAUAUGUGCCUAUCGAAUGCUCGAUAUAUUAUUGUUAUUAAGUCUCCGUUUGGGUUAUGAAAGUACACGUUUAUAUAUGAAUGAUUCGAUUCGAGCAUUUUUCGCCUGCUUUCAAUCAACUCAUGAAUCAAUAGAUGAUACAAAUCCAUCACGCACAGUUUCAGUUCCUAGUUCCUCUGCAAAUCGCCCACAUUCUCCAGCAUUUUUAUCCAGCCAUACUACAAAUACGAAUAGUACGGAUGGUGACGAAUAUUGUCGAAUAACUAUCGAUAGCAUUACAAAAUCGUAUAAAAUUGAUGCACCAGCAAAACCACUUAGUCUCAAUAGUAAACAAGUACGAGGUGCUAGCCAUAGCUUAUUAACUACACAAUAUAUAGAAGACGAUAGUUCAUCAUCAACAAAUAUUCAUACACGUGAAUCAAUACAGCAAGAAAUCGAUGCAACGUUCACUUGUGAACUAGCAUGUACAGCAUUUGUUCAAUUUUGUCGUUUAUGUGGAGAUCAACAUAUGAAUUCAUUAGUGACAAGAAAUGAUAACAUUUAUGCUUGGAUUGCAGAAUUAACAUCGAAACCAGAUGUACUAUCUCGAAAUGAUUCAAUAUCAGCAAGUGAUGUUCUUAUAUCGAUUCGGGACCAUGAUAUUCGAAAUCACUAUGAAGAUGAAAGUCGAUUUCUACGUAAAAAUUGGCUAUCAUAUUGGGAACACGAAGUAGGUCGUAGUGAAAAUGCACCAUUAAGUUUUAAACAAAUACAUUUACAAUCAUUUGUUGGUCACACAAGUGCUGUUCGUAGUCUAUGUGUACUUGAUGAUGAAUCAACAUUUAUCAGUGGUGGCCGAGAUCAAAAAUUGUUAGUUUGGAAGCUAGAAAAUCAAAAUGAUAAUGCAAUAAAAGUUGAAAGUCGAUGGUCAUAUAAUGGCUGUCGUAGAUCAGUUUUUGCUAUUUCAUUUCUUGAAAGUAUUCGAUUAGCAGCAAUCUGUGAUGGCUCCAUUCAUGUCUUAGAUCCAUUUCGUGGUCAAGUAGUUUUUCGCUAUACACAACCAAAAGAAACUUCAUUAUUUGCGGCAAUGGCUACUAUGCCAGCACCUAGUACAAAUAUUUUAGCAGCAACUAGUGAUGGAAUAGUCAGAUUCCUUGAUGUUCGAACAAAAACUCUAGCUUAUGAAUGGAAAACAACAUUAGGUACAGGUGGUCAAGUAAAAACACUUGCUGUUAGUCCAAAUGCACAUUCAGCUGUUAUUGGAUUUACAACGGGUACUGUAUCGGUGUUUGAUGUCCGUUCCGGUGGUAUUUUAGGAACAUUGAAAGUGCCCGAAGGAGAAGUUUUGAAAGCGAACUUUUAUAGUCGUAGUCGAUUUUUUACAAGUUCAGCUGAUGGCUCAAUAUUUCUUUGGAAUACAAAGGAACUAGCACAAGCCUCACCGGCAUUGUUAAAAUCACAUAUGGAUCCUGCUCCAUUCAUUUUAUCGACACGUAGUGGAGAAUUUAUUGUUGCUACACAAACAAAUAAACUAUGCAUUUAUUCAAAUAUGAAAGGAGGAACACAAAUGGAUUGUCAAUGUACACGUCUGCAAUCUGAAAAUGUCAAAGGUACACUUUCAUCAAUUGCACUAUUCCCAGAAAAUCGUCUUCUGCUUUUCGGCUCCGAUAAUGGAAAUAUCGAGUUAUUAUGCUAA